GGUGGCACCGGGGCAGCGCUGCCCUCCCGUCCUGCUCGUGCCCCCAGGUCGGACGUGGUCGUGCUCUGCUUCUCGCUGGCAAACCCCAACUCGCUGCGGCACGUGAAGACCAUGUGGUACCCCGAGAUCAAGCACUUCUGCCCGCGCACGCCCAUCGUGCUGGUGGGCUGCCAGCUGGACCUGCGCUACGCCGACCUGGACGCCGUCAACCGCGCGCGCCGGCCGCUGGCCAAGCCCAUCAAGCCCUCGGACAUCCUGCCGCCGGAGCGGGGGCACGAGGUGGCGCAGGAGCUGGGGGUGCCGUACUACGAGACCAGCGUGGUGGCGCAGUUCGGGGUGAAGGACGUGUUCGACAACGCCAUCCGCGCCGCGCUCGUGUCCCGCCGCCACCUGCAGUUCUGGAAGUCCCACCUGCGCAAGAUGCAGCGCCCGCUGCUGCAGGCGCCCUUCCUGCCCCCCAAGCCCCCCCCGCCCCUCAUCCAGGUGCCCGACGCGCCCCCCGGGCUGGGGGGGGGCCCGGCCGCGCUGUUCCGGGCCCCGCUCUGCGCCGACGUCGUGUUCCAGCUGCAGGGCGGGCACCGCGUCUUCGCCCACCGCGUGUUCCUGGCCACCGCCUGCUCCCGCUUCUACGACCUGUUCACGCUCGAGGGGCCGCCCGGGACCCCCGGCGAGGGGGACGGGGGCACCCGCGACCUGUCGGGGUGGGGCCGCGGGUUCCUGAGCCUGCGCUGGGAGGAGGUGCCGGAGCCGGCGGCGGGGCGGGAGCGGCGCAUGGCGGUGGUGGCCAUGGACCGGGCCGUGCGGCCGGAGCCGCUGCGCGCCGUGCUGGAGUACCUGUACACCGGGCAGCUGGAGCGGCCCCACGCCGACCUGCGCCAGGUGGGCGCCGUGGCCGAGCUGCUCGAGGUGUUUGACCUGCGCAUGAUGGUGGCCAACGAGCUCAACCAGGAGAGCUUCAUGAACCAGGAGAUCACCAAGGCCUUCCACGUGCGCCGCGCCAACCGCGUCAAGGAGUGCCUGGCCAAGGGCGUCUUCGCGGGUACGGGGGCCCUGGGGGGGCUGUGAGGACGGGGGGGUCACCCAGCUCCGUCCCCUCCGGCCGGUGUCCCCCUCCUGUGAUGUCGGCUUGGACACAGGGCUCCAGUCACCCUGAUCCCCUCCCACCACUGAGGCCAUUGGGUCUGGGGGCCCGGAGCCCUUGUCACAGUCAGUCAUGGUGGGUGGGGCUGUGGGAUUCUG